UAUUGGUGGAGGUGCGGGGUCACGAUCCCAGUAGCGACGUUCCAUCACUCUGGAGCUUCGUCCCAGAAGGCGAAUAGUGACAAUGACCAGCAGUGGCCAAUCCUCCUCCGCUGCCUCUGCAGCUGCAGUCAGCCCUGCCCCCAGCCAGCUCCGACAUCCCAAAACCUUUGCCGGACUCCGAGAGGACGACGUGGAGGACUGGCUGGACGUCUACGAGCGAGUGAGUCUUUAUAACAAGUGGGACGACCAGGCGAAACUGCGGAAUGCUAUUUUUUAUCUCUCCGAUGUGGCCAAGAUCUGGUUCACCAACCAUGAAGAUGAAAUCGUGACAUGGCUGCUAUUCAAAACCCAGCUAGCCGAAAUCUUCGGCAAACCCGCCAAUCGUAAAGCUGUAGCUGAACGAAAGUUGGCAGCACGAAUUCAAUCUUCUGGCGAGACGUAUACUUCCUACAUCGAGGAUGUCCUCGCACUUUGCCACCGUUGCGACAAGGACAUGUCGGAGGCCGACCGAGUCCGCCAUGUAAUGAAAGGGAUCUCUGAAGAGGCAUUUAACGUCCUUCUUGUGCAAAAUCCCACGACUGUUAAGGACAUCACCACGCAUUGCCAAAGGCUGGAUGAGGCCCGCAACUCCCGUCUUCAGGUUCGAGCACUGCAUGACGGCUCAUCAAUUACCAUGCCUUCUUUAUCGACCGAUACCCUGAAGCAAAUGAUACAGAAAAUUUCACCGAUGGACUUCGAACUUCUGAUGAAACUUCUCGUUCGGGAGUUCCCCAACUGA